AUGAGAAGGUUAAGUUAUAGAACAUCGAGUGGAAAUGGUAAUGGACCUACCAAUGGAGAUGAUGAAGGUGUCAGGAGUCGAUUUGGUAGUAGAACUGCCAGUAUGAAUACUCGAAAAGUCAAUCAAUCGAUUGUAGAUUUAAGAGAAUCUAUGAAUUAUAUUAAAUAUGAAUGGCCACAAAUAUUAAAAGAAGAUGCCAAUCCGAUUGAAAUGGCCAUAUUAUUACUUGAUGAUUCAUCAGUAGGUUUAAGCCAUAAGAUGCCUGAGUUUGAAAGAAUUAGUGAGGACACCACCAAUAAAUUGAGACAAGUAGUCAAUGAACAUUAUGAAGUUUUCAAUACUAGUGUGGGAUCAUAUCAUUAUUUGUUAUCAACAUCCAAGAAUAAUCAAGCCGACGCUGAAGAUAUUAAAGAGAUGUUGGAAAGUACCAGUAAAGAAAUCCAUAAUAAAAGUGAUAUCUUGCAAGAAUUGAACCAAACAUCAAGUAGAUAUAAUGAAAUGAUAGAAAUCUUAGAUGCUAUGGAAUUCAUUAAUCAAAUACCUAGUAAAAUCGACCAAUUGACUGCUGACAAGAAAAUUCAUGAAAUAUAUGAUGUUAUUUCCCAAGGAUAUCAAGUGGGGGAAAAGUAUAACUUAUGGAGUUUAAGUGCUAUGACAAGUAAUAAGAAUUAUUUAGAUACUCAAUCAAAUGCAUUAUUUGAUAUAAUUUUUGAAGAGUUACAGAAUGAAAUCUAUAUAAAGAAUUCCGCCAUCAAUUCUAUGGAAUUAUCAUGGGAAAGUUUGAUAAAUUUGAAUAAUCCUAAAUUAUCAACAUUUAGAAACUUCUUAACUAGACUGAACAAUUUUGAACAAUUCAUUUAUAAUGCUGCCAAUUUAGAUUUAGAUGAAAUAAGCAAUGUUCUUAAUGAAGAUUUCAAAGAAUUUGUUGAAUAUCAAUUACCUAAAUUAUCAACAUCAUCGGGGGAUUUAUCUGUAACCAUAGAAUUAUCCAAUAAUUAUCAACGGUAUUAUUAUAUUUAUCAAUUAUUGACCACAUUAUUUAAAUUGAAUCGUUUAAAUCAAGGAAUCGAUUUAUUAAAUCAAACCAAUCAACAAGAAAUUCACAAUUUAAUCUUCAGAUCAAUUGAAGAGAUUAAACUGAAAAAUUUAUUCGAAAUCAACAAAUUAAAUAAAAUGAUCAAUUUUGAAUUAAAUGAGUUCAAUGAAUAUUCAGUUAAGAUUUUGAAAAACUUAUUCCUGACGAUUUUCAUUAAAUGUUUGAUCAUUUUGAAGAAUCAAAAGAUAAUCAAUGAAAUCUUGAUGACUUUUGGAAUUCAACUGGAUUUCAAAAGUAAUUGGGAUACAAUUAAAAAUGAAUUAACUACGUUGAUGAUAAAUUAUAUUUCCACUGAUGAAAAUAAAACAGCUAAUGAAAAGAAUGAUGAAUUGUUCAAAUUUGAUAAUUUGAAUCUUGAAAAAUUAAAUUUCAGUUCCAAUUUACCUGAUUUUACUGUUGAUAAUGAUGAUUUAUAUAUAAAGAAUGAAUCAUUCCAAUCAAAUUUCGAAAUUUUGGUACCUAUAAACAUCACCAAUAUGAGAAUUAUAAUGGAAUUUUUUCUUAUAUUCACAUCAUCUACCAAUUAUCUUGUCAAUUUGAAUAGUCAUCCUAUAAAUAAGGUUCCUAUAAACUUUUUUGAAUCUUUCAUGAAACAAUCGUUUGUACCUAAAUUGAAGAAUUACUUGAUUUUGAAGUUCAAUGAUUUCAUUUUUGAAUACAAUACUGAUAAUAUCAAUGGAUUUAAUAUUGAAACUACCAACGUUGAUAAUGAUAAGAUAUUUAAGAAUUCCUUGGAGUUCAAGUCAUUCUUUGUUAAUUUAUGUCAAUUAUUGAAUACUUCAUUGACUUAUAGAUCGGAUUUGAAUGAUUUAGUAUUAUCAUUUAUUGAGUUCUUCAUGGAUAAGUAUCAAAAGUUAUACAACGAUUUGAUUGGUAAUAGUAAUUCAAAAUUGAACUUAUGGUUCAAAAUUCCUGCGUUAAAUGAUUUAUCUAAAAAGAUUGUAACUGAUGAUUAUGAUUCUAUUGAUGAUAUGAUUGAAAAGGAAAUCCAAAUAAUGUUAAGUAAUGGAGAAAUCUUCAACAUUGAUAAAGACGAUUUAUUAGAUGAAGAGAAUUUCACCCAAUUGAUUCAUUUACUUUUAACUAUUAAUUGGAUAUUGAAUUGGUUACCUAACUUUAAGAAAGAAAUCAAUUAUAAUUAUCAAGACAAUUUAUCCAACAUUGAAAAAUUGAAAUAUGAUUGGAAUUUCUUAGAAAAUGGGAAAAUUGUCAAUUUCAAUUCACAACCUGAUCCUUCCAAAGGUGAUUUAAAUAUUUACUUAUCAUUAGAUACUACUAAAAUGAAUCAAUUCAACGAAUACUUAAGAAGAUUCCAACAAAUCAAACUAAAUUCCAUCAUAUUAAUCAGAUACAAUUUGAGAUUAAAUUCGAUUUACUAUAUUUCAAGAUCCUUCAAAUUUAGUGAUUGGGUUCUUUUCAAUGAACCAGGAAAUUCUGAUGAGUUCAUAUCGAAAUUUAACAAAGAAAUAUUUGCUUUUGAUAAUAAAAUCUCCCAAUAUUUUGAUAAUUCAGAAUUACAUCAUAUUUUAGUGGGUUUCCAUCAAUUCUUAAACAAAGCAUUAUUGAAAGGUUCAAAACUUAUAAGAAAGAUCAAUAAUAAUGGGGUUAAGAAGAUUUUGAUUAAUAUCUUCACCUUACAACAAAUGUUGAAAAAUUUAUCUAAAGAUAAUGAAGCUAUAAGUUUCCAAUAUUCAUCAUAUUAUUUCAAUUGUUUUACAAUUAAUGAAAACUUGUUAGUACAAAGUUUAAAAGACUAUCCUUUGGAUGAAAGAGAAAACUUUGCUAGAUUAUUAUAUAGUGAAAAGUUAGCUGAUGGUAAUGGUUCAUCAUUCAAUACUUCUAAAUACAAUGAUUUAUUGAAUAAAUUAAGAGCUAAUUAA